CCGUUCAGUUUUCACCGCGAAUUCUCUCUGGCGUUACCGCAUCGCACGGAGAUGGAUUCUCCACGCGAGUACUUCCAAACUCCCCGAAGUUUGCUCUACGUGGAAGAACAAUACUUAAUGAACGAAACCAGUGACGUAGAAAAACUUUUAAGUUGUGCAGAAAGUUCAUAUGGCUUCGCGAAUUAUAUGGACUUUUUACAUUUAUACUACAUUCCAGUUAUAAUAGUGACCGGUUUUUUAGGAAAUCUAACUUCUUGUGUAGUGCUAUUGUGUACGCAUUUAAAACUGAGAAGUUCUAGUUACUAUUUAGCCGCUCUAGCUUUGGCUGAUUCUGGAUACUUACUCUGCUUACUUGUACUUUACUGCAGCUCGAAUAACUUUAUACAUUUAUACAAUAUGCAAGGUAUUUGCCAGAUGUGCAUUUACUUGACCUACGUGUUCUCUUUUCUAAGCGUUUGGUUAAUUGUAGCGUUCACCAUAGAAAGGUUUAUAGCUGUACAGUACCCAUUAAAAAAACCAUACAUAUGUACAGCAAAAAGAGCGAAAAAAAUUGUGUCCGGUCUAGGUCUAGUGGCAUUUCUUCUCUACAUUUUCGCGUUUUGGAUAACAGACGUCAUCGAUAAUGAGUGUCAACUGAAACCCAAAUAUAUCAACUUUAUGGAGGUAUUUAACUAUGUAGACACAACUAUGACUUUAGUGUUGCCGGUGAUAAUGAUAGUGGGCAUGAACAUUAUGAUAGCAAGAAGUUUGUUUAAGUUACGAAAGUACAUGCAAACGAGAAUGGCAGAUGAACCCAGUCCCCGUCAAUUUGAUUUGUAUCCAACAAGUUCCUCACGCAGCAGUUCUUCUACCAAAAAAUCAAAGGAUCAACAUAAUUCACAAGACACUGGAAGUUAUGGUGUUGAAAAAAUUGUACAAAAAAGAAACAGGACGAAACAUGAAAAAUAUUCCCAUAUUCAUGUCAAAAAGUCAACGAGGCACACCGCAAGUUACAGCCAACAUAGUAUUAAUAGGAUGCUUCUAGUAAUAUCUUCAGUUUUUAUAGGACUAAAUUUCCCUAGUUAUAUGGUCCGUCUAUCCAUCAACUUUGACGCCUUUAUGAAAUCUAACUUUGCCCGAAAAUACUUCGACUGCGUCCAACAGUUCGCCAUGGUUCUCUUUUACACGAACUUCAGUAUAAACUUUUUGCUUUACACAAUGUGCGGAAAAGCUUUCCGGUUAUGCUUGAAGACAUUUCUGUGCAAUAUCUGUGAAAAGAUUGUUUGUGUUUCAAGGCGAAAUCAAAGAAGCUUUAAUGUUUAAAUUAUUAGAUUUUCAUUAGAGUAUUUGUCGUAAUAAAAAUGUUGAUUAUUAAAAGUU